CUGGUAUUCUGCUCUUUUCAAAGGGAUGGAGCGAUCGUUGGCUGCGCUGAGGUGCUGUCACAUUCUUAGUGCUGGAGAGGUGCAGUGCAAGUGAAUGGAAACAGGAUUUGAGCUCUCUGCAAGCAGAAAAAGGCUUCAAAAACGUGCAGAAGGAUGAAUCAAAUGCAUAUUUGACUUUAAAGCUGAGAGAGAUUCACAGAAAUCUGACGGCAUCCCAGCUUCUAGACAUAAGCACUCUUGCAAAAGGAGCAACAGCAGAAAUCUGAAAAGGAAGAACAGAUUUCUAACGGCUUGCUCUAUUACACCUUGUGGGAUUUGUGCUGUUCUGGGUGCUGAAACAUGAACCAAACUGCAACAGUGUCCCACCAGGUAAAAUGUCAGUCUUCCAAGACGAUCAAGGAUCUUGGAAGCAACAGUCCCCCACAGAGGAAUUGGAAAGGAAUAGCCAUUGCGCUGUUGGUGAUUCUUGUUGUAUGUUCGCUCAUCACAAUGUCUGUAAUUCUUUUAACACCAGAUGAACUGUCAAAUUCAUCAGAAACAAGAUUGUCUUUAGAAGAUCUGUUCAGGAAAGAGUUUAUAAUUCACAAUCCAGAAGCCAAAUGGAUUAAUGAUACAGAAGUGGUGUAUAAAAACAGACAUGGACAUGUCGUUAAACUGAAUGUAGAAAGAAAUACAACUACAUUAUUGCUGGAAAAUGCAACUUUUGUAACUUUUAAAGCCUCAAGAUAUUCAGUAUCUCCAGAUUUAAAGUAUGUUCUCCUUGCAUAUGACAUCAAACAGGUUUUUCAUUAUUCUUACACGGCUUCAUAUGUGAUAUAUAACAUGCAUACAAGGGAAGUUUUGGAGUUAAACCCUCCGGAAGUAGAGGACUCAGUUUUACAGUAUGCAGCAUGGGGUGUACAAGGCCAACAAUUGAUUUAUAUUUUUGAAAAUAACAUCUAUUACCAGCCUGAUGUGAAGAGUAGCUCUUUGCGACUGACAUCAUCUGGAAAAGAAGGAAUUGUGUUCAAUGGAAUUGCAGAUUGGUUAUAUGAAGAGGAGCUGCUUCAUUCCCAUAUCACUCAUUGGUGGUCACCUGAUGGAGAGAGGCUGGCAUUUCUUAUGAUAAAUGAUUCCUUAGUACCAAACAUGGUUAUUCCCCGUUUUACUGGAUUUCUUUAUCCCAGAGGAAAACAGUAUCCAUAUCCAAAGGCAGGAGAAAAGAAUCCAACAGUAAAGCUAUAUGUAGUCAAUCUAUAUGGACCAACACAUACAUUAGAACUCAUGCCAACAGACAGUUUUAAAUCAAGAGAAUAUUACAUAAUGAUGGUGAAGUGGGUCAGUAAUACGAAGACGGUGGUGCGGUGGUUAAACAGACCCCAGAACUUAUCGAUCCUUACAGUGUGUGAGACAACAACUGGUGCUUGUAGCAUGAAAUAUGAAUUUACUUCUGAAGUGUGGCUUUCUAAACAGAACGAAGAGCCAGUUUUUUCUAAAGAUAGCAACAAAUUCUUUAUGACAGUUCCUGUUAAGCAAGGGGGCCGUGGUGAAUUCCACCAUAUUGCUAUGUUUGAUGUUCAGACCAAGAGUGAACAGUUUAGCAUUCGCCAUCUAACAUCAGGAAACUGGGAAGUUGUCAAAAUCUUGGCAUAUGAUGAAAAUACGCAAAAGAUUUAUUUUUUAAGUACUGAGAAUUCACCUAGAGGAAGACAGUUGCACAGUGUGUCAACGGUUGAUUUAUUGAAUCGUCAGUGCCUUUCAUGCAAUUUCUUGAAAGAUCAGUGCUCAUAUUUCAAUGCAAAAUUCAGCCCUACAAUCAAGUAUUUCAUUCUUCAGUGCAAAGGACCUGGCGUUCCAGUUGUCAGUGUGCACAGUACAAGUAAUCCUGAAAAAUUUUAUAUAUUAGAAAAUAAUUCCAUAUUAAAAGAAGCAGUUUUAAAGAAAAUGAAAUUUCGGACUGAAACCAAAAUGCUCCACAUUGAUGACUAUGAACUUCCUUUACAGUUGUCAUUUCCAAAGGAGUUUACAGAACGGAAUGCAUAUCCCCUCCUCUUAAUAAUUGAUGAAGCUCCAGGCAACCAGUUGGUUACAGAUAAGUUUCACAUUGACUGGGAUUCUGUGCUUGUCAACUCUGAUAAUGUCAUCGUAGCUCAGUUUGAUGGAAGAGGGAGUGGAUUUCAAGGUCUAAAGAUUCUGCAAGAAGUCCACCGUUCCAUAGGAUCAGUGGAAGUGAAGGACCAGAUAGCAGCGGUAGAGUACUUGCUGAAACAGCCAUUCAUUGACUCUAACAGGCUGAGCAUAUUUGGAAAGGGCUAUGGAGGAUACAUUGCAUCAAUGAUCCUAAAGGCAAAUGAAAGGCUUUUCAAAUGUGGGGCUGUGAUUGCACCAAUUACAGACAUGAGAUUGUAUGCAUCAGCUUUUUCAGAAAGAUAUCUAGGAAUUCCAGCUAAGGAAGAACAUGCUUAUCAGGCUUCAAGUGUGCUGCACAAUAUUCAUGGCUUUAAGGAAGAAAAUUUGUUAAUCAUCCAUGGGACAGCCGAUACUAAAGUCCAUUUCCAGCACUCAGCAGAAUUAAUUAAACAUCUAAUAAAAGCUGGAGUGAAUUACACUAUGCAGAUCUACCCAGAUGAAGGUCAUUAUAUCACAUCAGAGAAGAGUAAAUACCACCUUUAUAGCACAAUUCUGAGCUUCUUUAGUGCUUGUUUAAAAGAAGAAGCACCCAUUGUAUUACAGGAACCAGAAGAAGAUGAAUAAGAAGGCUUAUUUGUAUAGAACUGUGGAGACUUUCAGUGAGGCUCACGAAAAGCUGCAUAAAAGUGACUAUGUGAGAGCAGUUUCUAUGGAAGCCCAAGGGCAGCUAAAGGAUAUACCAGUGGGACAGAACAUUUUGUGAUGUUGAGCUAACAUACUGGUAUUUGAAUACAAAAGUCCAAAUGUAUUACCAGGGGACAACACCUAUAUACCUUUGUGGAAGGCCAAAGGUUGGAUGCAAUUUUCUGGAAGAAAUUAAUUUUGCAUAAGAGUAGGGUUAGUGCAUGUUGAUUCUGUUAAGAUUCACUGUUUGUUCUGUACGUAGUUACUCUGUUUUUAUUUAAAAUGCAUAUAAUUUCUCAAUUUCAGCAUAAUACACAGUUGCCAUAGGUAGUAAGGACACUAAUGUUUGAAAAGGACGGCUGCAGGCUAACACUCAAUUGUAUUUUUACAAUAAGUGCAUUUUUCACUGUGCAGCAUCUCAGUAUUAAGAAAAUGGCAUUUUGUUUCUGUUUUCAUGGGGAAAACAUUAUCUAGAUCAGAAACCAUUUCUAAAUAUUGGUUUGAUCCCCCCCCCCCUACAAAAUUAAGGCAUUCACUGUUUCUACUGUACCAACUAUAAAUGAAUAAGCGGGAUUUUGGUAGUAUACCCUUGGACUUUAUGUAUAUACACAAGACUCCUUCCACACAGAAAUGCUUGUGCGCUUGAACAGAUUUUUCAAGCCAUAAUUACAGCUAUGUUUAAAGCAGUAUCAGCAACUAAAAUAAUUCCCCGGUUAAGAGUUGUAUCUUUUUAUUUACUUAGAAAUGUUUGGGUUGUGUUUUUUCGUAUUGUUUAUAGUAGUCAAUAGUUUGCUGGUUACACUCUAAUUUUAGAAUAUGCUUCUUUGUCACAUGUAAAUUAGAUACAUGAAUAUUAAAUUAUAGUUUCAGAUAAAGAAAUUUUAUUAACAUUGUAAUGCCACUGAGUAAUGCUUUGAUGAAAUCUUUUAUGAAGGUGGUUCUUGCCUUUCUCCCCUUCCAGAUGGGUUGAGGCCCAAAUCUGGACUUAAGUGGACACACAGCACAGAAAUCUAUUGUUUUUUUUCUUUGGUAUUUCACAACUAUCUAUCAAGUUUAGUGCAGGAAGGAAUGAAAAUCAGACAAAUAAUAAAAAAAAUGAUUUUCCCCUUUGAAA